AUUUUGAUUGUGGCGCUACAAAUUCGCGCGCAUGCGACUUCGAAUGUUUACCAGCGCCGCCGACCGCCGGUUUGUUUGCAAAUUUUUAGGUUAAGUCGUAAAGCCAACGUUUCUUUAAUUUUUCGUGUUUGAAAGACUCCAAAAUAAACCGUCCAAGAUGACGAUGGGGAAAAACAACAAAAUGUUGCAACACAUCAACUACCGAGUCCGGAUAACUCUCCAAGACUCCAGGACAUUCAUCGGCACAUUCAAAGCCUUCGACAAACACAUGAACAUGAUCCUCGGCGACUGCGAGGAAUUCCGCAAAAUCAAACCGAAAAAUUCUAAAGUAGAACGCGAGGAAAAACGCGUUUUGGGUUUUGUCCUGUUACGGGGCGAAAGCAUUGUUUCUUUGACAGUUGAGGGUCCCCCGCCCCCGGAAGAGGGCUUGCCCCGCGUUCCCAUUCCGGGUGCAGCCCCUGGACCGGGCAUUGGCCGUGCCGCUGGUCGUGGAAUGCCCGCGGGAAUGGGCGGCGUACCUGUGGGGCUGCAAGGCCCGGUGAGGGGUGUGGGAGGACCUUCACAGCAGGUUAUGACUCCUGGGGGUCGUGGCCAGGUUGCAGCGGCCCCACAAAUGAGCCAGGGGCCGCCUAGGAUGGGUGGGCCGCCACCAGGGAUGAUGGGACCACCACCGGGUAUGAUGGGAAUGCCGCCAGCACCCAUGGGAAUGGGGCGUGGAGGACCGCCGCCGCCGAUGGGAAUGAGGGGACCGCCUCCGGGAAUGAUGCGGGGAGGGCCUCCGGGGCCCCCGCGACCAUAUUAGUGUAGUUUUUUUUAAUUGUAUUCAAUUGUAAUUUUGGUGGAAAUAAACUCUAACUUUAAUACUA